AUGGCGCCCCUCUAUCAACGUCCAGAAAACGCUCUCAAACGAGCAGAAGAGUUGAUUGCGGUUGGGCAGAAUGUCGCUGCAUUGCAAUCUCUUCACGAGAUAAUCAUUUCCAAGCGUUCACGCACUCAACCACUCGCGGCAUUGGAGCCAAUUAUGCUUCGAUUCGUUGAAUUAUGUGUUAAUCUGAGGAAAGGAAAAAUUGUGAAAGAAGGGCUGCAUCAAUAUAAAAACAUUUCACAAAAUACUAGCGUGACAACAAUUGAGUUGGUCAUAAAAAGGUUUAUCGAACUCUCUGAAGAAAAAGUCACAGAAGCUCAAGCAAAAGCAGAUCAAAUUACUUUGGAUGCUCUUGCUAUUGAUGAUCUUGAAGCUUCGGAGACUCCAGAAUCUAUAAUGUUAAGUACCGUAAGCGGUGAACAGAGUAAAGACCGAACAGAUAGAGCGGUUGUUACACCAUGGUUAAAAUUUUUGUGGGAAGCUUAUAGGACCGUGUUGGAUAUCUUGAGGAAUAAUGCGAGAUUAGAGAUAUUUUAUCAAUCCACAGCGAAUCAAGCGUUUCAAUUUUGCCUCAAAUAUACAAGAAAGACCGAGUUUAGACGUCUUUGUGAUCUACUUCGUAUUCAUCUUCAGAAUAUAGCAAAAUAUGCACAUCAAAUGUAUGCAAUUAAUCUAAAUGAGCCUGAAACACUUCAACACCAUCUCGACACUCGAUUUGCGCAAUUGAAUGCCGCUGUCGAGUUAGAAUUGUGGCAGGAAGCUUUUCGUUCGAUCGAAGAUAUUCAUAAUCUCUUAUCGAUGUCAAAAAAACCGCCUAAACCCAACAUGAUGGCUAAUUACUAUGAUAAAUUGACAAAGAUAUUUUUGGUCAGCGAGAAUUACUUGUUCCAUGCCGCUGCUUGGAAUAGAUAUUAUACUUUAGUGAAGGCGCAAAAUAAAGCUUUGAGCAUUGAAGAUAAUACGCGUUAUGCCUCGUUUGUGUUGUUAUCGGCGUUAUCUAUCCCAGUAAUAACGAGUAACAAAACUCGUGCUAUGAUUGAAAUUGAUGAUAAUAAAAGUAAACAACAUCGGCUUGCCGCUUUACUUGGAAUGAAUCGAUCUCCUACACGCACAGGUUUAUUGAAGGAAGCACUCAACAAAAAUAUUCUUCGGCGAGUUCGUCCAGAAUUACGAGAUCUCUACAAUAUUCUGGAAGUCCAAUUUCAUCCAUUGUCUAUUUGCAAAAAGAUUGAACCGAUCAUGACACAACUUGCUCAAGAUACCGAAAUGGCUAGAUAUGUCAAGCCAUUGCAUCAAGUAAUCUUAACGCGUCUAUUUCAACAACUUUCCCAAGUUUACGAUAGCGUUAAACUUGAAUUUGUCAUCAAAUUAGCUUCUUUCGCGCCACCAUAUAAUUACGAUGCCGCGACUAUUGAAAAAUUCAUUAUGAACGGAUGCAAAAAAGGCGAGCUUGCCAUCCGAAUUGAUCAUGUGACCAAUAGUUUGACGUUUGAGACGGAUUUGUUUUCGGCUUCUAAAGAUGCUGAUGCUGAUGGCGCUAAAUUGCAAGCAUCACCAGCGGAUCGUAUGCGAGAUCAAUUAUCGAGACUGGCCAAAUGUUUUUAUACUACAGUCCAUCUAAUUGAUCCUAGCAUUACUGAAGCGAAGAAAGAAUCUAGAAGGCAAGCACUUGAACGUGCCUUUGUUGGAAUUGAAGAGGAGCAUAACAAAGCUUUGGCACGUAAAGCAAUUAUUGAGCGAAGAAAAGAACUAGCUGAAACAUUAUUGAUGCGCAAAGAGAAAGAAGAACAACGGGAGCGCGCAUUACGUCAAAAACAAAGAGCUGAAGAAGAAGCACAAAGACUUCUCGAAGAAGCAAAGAAACGUGAAUUAGAGAGGCGCAAACGUGAACAUGAAGCUAUUCAAAAGGAAGAGGCCAGGAAAUUAGCAGAAUCUUUGAAAUCGAAAAAUCUAAAGGUUCAACCGGAGGAUUUGGAAAAUCUAGACACCGAUAGGUUAGUUCAACUCCAAGUUGAACAGUUAGAAAAAGAGAAAAAGGAACUCAACGAACGAUUAAGAGCUACCGCAAAAAGAAUGGAUCAUCUUGAACGCGCUUAUCGUAAAGAAGAAAUCCCUUUGCUUGAGAAAGAUUAUGAGCGGCAAAGGAAAGCCGAUCGAGCAUACCAUGAAGCUGCUCAGGAGGAACGCUUGGAGGCCGAGCGUCGAGCCAAAGAAGAAGCAGAAAAAGCCGCUUAUGAGGAAAAGAAACGAAAACUCGACGAGAUUGCUGCCAAACAAAAAGAAAGAGAACUCCAAGCAGAAGAAAAACGAUUGCAACGUGAGCGCGAGAAAGAAGAGCGUUUAGCUAAAGAACGUGAGGAACGCGAAUUAAAAGAAAAGAGAGAGAAAGAGCGUGAACGCGAUAAUUGGCGCAAACGAGAUGAAAAAUCAAUUACAACGCCAGCUACGACUACUCGAUACGUUCCUCCUGCUUCUCGUACUGAACGAGUACCAAAUGAAACAACAGAAUGGCGAAGGUCAACUACUAAAGCUAGUGAACCAUGGCGUCCUACUCGUGCCGCAGAUGACAAAGAAGUUACUGAAAGGCGUAAGACUGAUAAAGGAGUCACCGAGGAAAGACCUUCUUGGCGUAAACAACCUAUACGGUCACCAGAAGAGAGCGAGUCACCAAAAGGCGCAAGUGGAACAUGGCGUCCAGCCCGUACUUCUAACGCUGCUGAUGAAGUUGACACUUGGCGACGUGCUCCUUCACAACGCGAUGAGUCCAAAUCGGAUCGAGGUGAGUGGCGCCAAGGUGGUGAUCGUCAAGACAAUAUACGAUCACCGGAAGAGAGCGAGUCACAAAAAGGCGCAAGUGGAACAUGGCGUCCAGCCCGUACUUCUAACGCUGCUGAUGAAGUUGACACUUGGCGACGUACUCCUUCACAACGCGAUGAGUCCAAAUCGGAUCGAGGUGAGUGGCGCCAAGGUGGUGAUCGUCAAGACAAAAUGCGAGAUAGUCCAAGAGAUAAAGAAGACAGAUCUGCAACAUCUCCCGCAUCAAAAUCACAAUUACAGACCACUGCAUCACUUGCUGAAGAUGAUGGUGAUGGAUUUACAACUGUAGUAAAAGGAAAAAGGAAAGGCAGAACAUCAUCUACUAAUGCAUGA